AAAAUCAAGAGCAACGAAAUGCCAUUGAAUUGGCCACUCAGCUGCAAAGUGCCGCAGCCUCACUGUAUUCUGAGUCUGUAAAUAUGGAAGGCCGCCUAGAAGACUUUUCAAGCACAGCAAACGCAGGACACGAUGUAUCAUCGCUACGCGGAAGCUACUCUGCCUCUUUGAACGGCGUAGGAGGGAUUCAUGACAGUUUUUCGCUAUUUGAUAGCAAUAGCAGGCAUGACCAUUUCGUCGGGUUGGAUGCAAAUGGAAAUUGUAUACCAUACGCCCUGUCAGAACCAGUACCCAGUACGAUAUCAACGUCUCCCGGUAACUCAUCCCCUCUCGAUGUCCUAGGAUCGGGCAGGAUGCAACAUCGCAAUUCAUCACCAGCCCACUCGGACAACUAUUUCUCGUCUGAGGAUCACCUGUUGGAAUCCGCAAUCAUCGCAACCAACGAUCUGAUGAAGACAACUAACUUUGGAUCACCAGAUCUAUCAAGUGCAGAUGCUAGCCCAAGGGCCAGUGAUUCUUGUGCUAUGAGCGAUCCCGGCUGGCUUAGCGCUCUGCACAUGGCGGCGAGGCGGGGCCAUGGAGGGAUCGUACGUCUAUAAUUGUAUGGAUACCAAUGAGCCAGACAGCGAUGGCCUAACGCCACUGAUGCAUGCGGCUGCAGGCGGCCAUGAGGAAGUCGUCGGCCUGCUGUUGAGCCAUGGGGCUCGGCUCGGGG